GACUGCGAGCGCGCUGCCAAAUCCGAGAGGGGGCAGAUCCGCGCCCCGGAGCCCGUCUGAUCUCGGCGGGAGGAGGAGGAGGAGGAGGAAGAGGCCGUUGGCGAAGAAAGGGGCGGCGGGCAAGAUGAAAGGGAGCUGAGCCGAGGGGCGGCCGGCACUUGGCACGAGUCUGCGCAGGGAAAGAAGGACGGGUGGCGGCGGCGGCAGCGGAGCAAAGGGGACCUGGGUUGCCGCGCAGAGCUCUGGGCCGGGCCGGGGGCAAAGCGCCUCGUGCCGGAGGAGUCGCAACUUCGGGCGUCGAAGGGACGCCUCGGCCCCCGGGGAAACUUUGCGAAGAGCCGUCGAGAGAGAGGAAAGAGCCGAGCGCCUUCAGAACAAAGAGUCCUUCGCCUGCGGAGCCGGGCGGGGGGCGGAGAGCCGGAGCAAGCGAGCGCGCCCCGCAAAAUGCCAGCUCCACGAGAGGCGCCUCGUCCGCGGCCCGAGCGGAGCCCUUUGCCGCGACGCCAGCCGCAGCCGAGGUAACCUGGGACAUGCGGCGGCGGCUGCUGCGGGCCGAGGAGCGGCUGGCUGAGGAGAAGCGGCGCCGAGCGGCGGGAAGGGAAAGCGGCGAGACUCGGGCUCCUCCCGUUCGGGGCUGAGGUGGCGGCGACGACAGCGCCAACGUCGCCGAGAGGAUCCCGGGUGCAUGGAGCCGGCGGCGGAGACUGGAAGCGGGAGCUCUGCGAAAGGGAGGACGACCCUUCCCCGCGGCGCCAAAGGCAGCGCUUUGUGGCCCCUGGAGGAAGGAGGGGAGCGGCUCGGCGGGAUCAGCGCGCCGCGCGCUCCGGAGUUGUUUCAAGGGACUCCGGGGACCGGGCGCGGAAGGAGGAGACGCCGGAUUGCGCAAAGGAUUAUCGAAAGGGGGGACCGCGAGUGAAAGAAGGGAAUUCCCCCCCACACACACACACACUCCCCGUCGGCUCUCCUCUCUUGCACAUCUCGGAUCCUCCUCCUCGCUUUCUCCCCAGUUACUCUCCAGCAUCAUUGGCCCGGCCACCACCAGCAAGGGCGAGUAAAUUAAAACGUGCUCAGCAAACUGCAAGAGAGAUCAGAGGGACAGUGGAAACGCGAGCCGCGGAGGGGGGGCGCCGUGCGUGCGCGUGUAGGAGAGAGAGAGAGAGAGAGAGUCCUUCCCUCUCCUAAUCUUUUCUCUCGCGCCCACUCUGGAGCUACUCUGCUUCUCUGGACCUUUCCAGAGACGCAGUCUCGAAGCAGAAGGCUGAAAAAAGGAUUGCUCUCGCUUGGGUUUUUGUUUGUUGUUUUUUGGUUUUUUCUCAUCUGUCUUUUCCUUCUCCGUUCUCCUCCUUCAGGGUCUGGGUUGGUUGGUUGGUUGGUUUCUUGCGAGACCGGCGAGGCUGGAUUAUUGGUGCGCGCUGCCCGCCUUGUGAGUAGUGUGUGUGCUUGGCGAGGAGGCGCGGUGGAGCUGGGAGGAAGAGAUGUCUAAGAUCGGAGGGAAAAUUAUCCUUAUCCUUAGCUUCGUGUUUCUGACGACUUGCCUCGAUGCGGCGAAAGGGCUGCCCUUGAGGAAACAGCGCAACCACAGUCCGAAGGAAAGGAACUAUAAGUUGGUAGAGGUGAGUGGAAGCAAUGCAUUGCCGCUUGGAGAGUAGGAGGGCCUUACUUAGAUGACAUUGUUACUCCAGCUUGACUCCCCUUCGUCUCUUGACAGCCAAUAAACUCUGCGAGGUCCAGGGUCUUUAAACCCAGGUCAGUGCUUACUUCUGUGAUCUGAAGGCAGGUAGUCACCAAAAUGAUAGAAGUGAUGCCCCCCCUCCUUUUAUUGAUCCAAAUUACAUUUGCACAACCAAUUUUGUACAUUGUGCACAUAGUCAACACUACACAGUUUAGUGUUCCGUUAGCAUUUUUCCCCGCCACAAUCUCCGAAAGCUGGAUAAGGUGAUGGAUUUUCUCACCCUUCCUGUGUAUGCAUCCUUUCUAGUAAAAGUGGAAGGUUUUCAAAUCAGCAGUCACUGCGAGUACAUAACCAAGCAAGCAUGGAGCUGGAACAUGGAGCACCAGGUUGUGAUCUUAUGUGGUGUUUGAGACUCACAAGGCCACUGUACUUCUAACUUUAAGCAUUUGCUUAAACCCAAAAGGCUGCUUCAGAAUCUGGUCAGUUUUAAAAGUGAAAGCACACCAGCAAGUACAGCAUUUCUUGAGAGCAAUGUGGCAAAGCAUUGUCUCUUAAAUACAAACGUGAGCUUCAGUGUGAAUUCCCAAAAUUCAGCAGGGAGCACUUGGGUUAAAGUCCGGCUCUUACACAGAUGGCCCCUUGCUCUAGACAAUAAGUUUCUAUCUCCUCUAACUGUGUAAAUAAAUAGUACUAACUUUAUGGCUUUGGGUGCAGCCUUCAUCUCCAUAGGCAGAUGUCAUUCUUGCUGAUGGCCUUGGCUACAUUCUGAAAUCAUUGAUACCAGUUAGGUGACGCAUUGGAGGUUGGGGUGGUUACUGUUUUUGCCAUUCUGUUGCAAGCAUCCUCUUGUUGCACCAAGGAUGGCAUCAGCAGGAUUAUGCCCAGGAAAUAAUAACUGCAUCCAGCGCUGCGUUCAUAAUGUUUUUCUGGAACAUCAGAGCCAGCUGAAUCAGGACACUGGUCCAUCUUGUCCAGCAUCCUUGUCUCACUCUGGUCAGCCAGAUACUUAUGGGAAGCCCCAAAGCAUGACUUGAGUGCAACAGUGCUGUCUCCCCACUUCUGAUUCCCAACCGUGGAGACAGAACAUUAUGGAGGUGGAAACUUCUCCCCCCACCCCCCUUUUGCAGUUGCAGCUGAGUUGCACAGGUCAUUUCACACAUUACUCAGAGCAAACACAAAUGCAGGAUUGCCAAGGAGUGUGCACUCAGAAAAGGAGCUACAGCCAUUCAAAGGCCCCUAAUGAGUGUAUCUGCCUGUUAGCACGUGUGUUUGCAAUCACAUGUCUCUUGACUUCAUGGCAUACAUCUUUCGAUGUACCGGUACUUAGCACUAAGAGCACUUUGUUUCAAGGGUUCCGCACAAUCUUCGCCCCUCAGUGGUUGUUGUCCCAGUAACACCUGAGCCUUGUUUUAUUACAUCUGUAGCCUACUUUUCCUCCAAGGUGUUCAAGGUGUCAUAAUUGGUUCUCUGACCAACCGUUCUAGGUUGUGGGAUUACCUGGGAGCUCCUCUUUGCUUGUGGGUUGCUGGGUUUGAUAGGGACAUUGCCAUGGGAGAUGAAGCUAGCAAUCAGUAUAGCUUGGCAUUUUCUGUUCUGACAGCGAAUGAUAAAAUUGCCUUUGGAAAGAUCACAUUACAUUUAUACCCAGGGCAAUUAUAUCCACAUAUGUGGAUAAAAUUGUGUAAUAUUGGCUCUGAAUGUGGUGGUUAUAGCCAUUGACAUAUACCUCUGCAUAUUGAAUUUUUUGUUACGCCAGUCAUGCACAUAUCGCAACAUCUUGUGGCAAUUAAUUCCAUAGGUUCAGGGAUUUUUUUUCUUUUUGACAGAGAUCUUUUAUGAUUUGUUCUAAUCAGUUUAUAGGCAGUCGGUGUCUGGAUGUAGUUAGGAUUGGUAGCUACAUUUGUCAUAGGAGUCUGUGUAAGAGAAAGAAAGCUACCUUGUAUGUGCACACUAACGUAUUUCAUGAAUAGUUUUCUUUAUCUGUUAAAUUUAUACUCUGCUCUAGUAACAGGAUGCUCUGUUUAUUAUUUUAUUGCAAAGUAUAUAUUAUUCUUUUAUACAAUGGAAUUGUCCUUAUUCCCAAUAGAAUAGAGGAAUGGGCUGUAGCUCUGCGGUAGAACAUCUGCUUUUCUUGUAAGGAUCCCAGAUUCAGUCCUUGACAUUUCCAGGCGAAUGUACUCUGUCAGUGUCCACAGUAUUGAGCUAGCUGGGCCAAUGAUCCGACUUGAAGUAAGGCAGUUUUGUAUUUUUCCAAGUCAACUGUUUUCUUGUUUGGCUUUUUGCUCAGGCAGAGCAGGAAUUGUAGAAGCAGUUGCAAAGCAUGGAAUGGCAUUCAAGGGGUGGAAAGAAGAGAAAUGUGAAUUGUGUGUGCUUCACAACUGAAGAGUAAGCAUUGAAUCAUAGAACGGUGGCGCCCUGGGGAUCAUGUAGUCUAACUCCCUGCAGUGCAGGAAUAUGCAGCUGUCCCAUACAAGGACCAAACCUCCAACCUUGGUGUUCUCAGCACCAGGCUCUAACCAACAACUCAGGGCCAUCGAAAAAGGAGCCCCUUCCAUUAAGUCCAGGGUCUAAAUUUACUGUGUUUCUCAACAGUUCACAAUAUAUCAGUUCAAUUUGCCAACAGAAGAGUAAGGUGACAUUCGGGGCACUGAGGAGUCUGAAGCUACAUGGAGUCUGAUGUUGUGGGGUUGUGAGUGUUCAACAUUGGACCAAGGCCUCUUGAACAUUGCAUUGCCCAUAGCUACUGGAAGUUAACACCGAACAGAAUAACUUUGACAAAGGCAUAAGACAAAGUAGAUGUUUUACGAGGCUUCCCAUCAGAGCCGCUCCUGGGACGCGUUCCUUUCAGCGUCAUCCCUGCCCUGACUGUCCCUGUAAGGUUUAUUUUCUCUUCAAUUUUGUGGCCAGGGAUGAAGGCAGGCGAUUCCCUUCUCCGGAGCCCAUCUGUCUCCUGCUGCUUAUUCCUGACCUACGGGCGUCAUUCUCUCCCUUCUUGACGUCUGUCCUUGUCUUGGCAGCAGAUAAUUGUCCUGUCACAGACAGUGGGUAAAUGAUGGCUCCAGGUGGGGGCAAGGGGGUGUGUGGUUUGGGGGGGGCAGCUGCUCUUGUGCCUUGGCUGAGCAUGGAGGAGGCUGGCUUUGCCUCUGUGUGUGGAAUGUCUGCCCCACCCAGGGGGGAGUCGCUGUUUCUCUAGAUGUGCUUUUUUACCUUUUCAGUACUUCAGCAAUUAAGUGCCCUGGCCCCCUGCUUUGUCCUUGGCUUGAGGUCGGGUUUGCAGGCACAAAACAUGCACGGAAACAGCAUCUGGCCGAAAAGGGCUUAUUGUGCAAAGGAAGGUGCUUUAUCCUUCGAUAGCAAGCUUCUGUUUUGAGAAGUGCCAAAUUAUCUUAGUCAAAAUGGGGGGGGGGGGGGCUUUGUGGUGGGGCAAGAAAGGUCUGAGACAGCGGGGAGCCAGCUGAGAGGAGAUGGGAUUCAUUGGGAUGGAGAUACUUCAUCCAGUUUCUCUGGACAAAUAAGUCUGUUGACUUUUCUAUCAGGGGAAUCAAAGAGUUUCCCUUGGAGGCACAUGUUUGAAGAGCUGAUAUAUUCUUAACCCUUCCACACACCCUAGACGGGCUGUUUUAGGUUGCAGUGUGGUGGAAGGAAUGAAUGAGAAGUCAAAUGAAAACGAAAGAGCUGAAGCAACAACAAAAAGUACUUUGCAGAUUUUCUCGCCACUCACCCACCUAAAGCCUCAGUAACUAGGAAUCAAAGGAUAAAUUCCUAAGAUAAAUGUGGGAGCAGUUUUAGAGACCUCCAUUGACUGGGGCUGUUGUGACAUCACAGAAGUGCAAUUCUGACAGCAGCUCAGCACGAUGUUCUCAACAACCUUAAAAUGAUCUGUUGACAGUCAUGUUUCUUGGUUGGAUGUUGCUUUCUUCUAGUCGCCUCCUGCUUCUGGCAAAAAACCUGGUUGCUUUUGACUUUUUUAUUUUCUGAUUUAUAAUCAUCAUGGAGGUGAAGUGUGGGAGACCAAUUGCACUUGUUGAACUUCUGUCUUGCAUGUAGUUGUCAAAGCCCCAGAGACUGCAGCAGGAAAAGAGAUGGCAACCUAAUUUAAAGGGGGAGGGGGGAAACAACAGAGGUCAAAAGAGGAAUCACUGUGGUGGAAAUGUACUUCUGUACUUGUCUGUUCCAGUGUGAAAGGUGCAGAGACCACUCUUUAUGACUGUGCCCUUUCCAGCUCCUCUUUGCUCAUUCAUUCACUCCUCCACGCAUGUUCAAUUCGGCACAGCAAACGUGGCUAAAAGGACCCUCGGCCCAGCCCAUAUUUUGCUAAUUAUCUCCAGCUGCUCUGCUGCCCUUAUAGGCUGCUGGCCUAGGCAAGCAUCCGUCUUGACCAACUGGUGGGGAGGAAGGGAGCAGGCGGGUUUUUGGGUGCUCUCAGGGCAACAGGCAGUGGCACAUGGAGUGUCAUAACCCAGAGGGCACCAGGUGCAGGCCUCUGUGUAACGUCUUUCCCAAGAUAAGAGGCCGCACAGAUGUCUUCAGCUCACAUCUGCUUCUCGCUGCCUUCCCUCUCCUCCCCCUCCACCCCAGUUGACAGAGUUGCGGCUGCAUUGCUUGGCCAAGCCAGCUGCUCCUUAAAUCUAUGCUCUGUCAAAUGAGACAGCUUAGCGACUUUCUCUCCCUGGAUGUAUAGAUGGGGGAAUCCCCUGGAGGUUUCUGCAAGGAACUUGACACUCAGAUAUAUGUCCUGCUUUUUCAACUCUGUUUGGAGCGCAUAAUUUGUGCUCCGCAGCUGUAUUUCAAUCCUGUUUGCAUGACGCGCCCCUUCUGGUUUUCUGUCCAGCAACUGUGUGCAGGUGGUGUAACUUACAUUCUUCAGUUACUGGGGUGCACAUGUACAGGAAAUUGAGAGCACUUGAUCUGCAGUUUCUAACCUUUGCAGCCGUAAAGGGCUUUCCCAGCUGAAGUUGUUGCAACACGGGGAAGGCAAAGGCUGCUUGAUGAUGUCUGUGAAACCUUUUUAAUGCACGUUUUUGGGAAGCAACAAUUUCUGCCCCUAGUGAGCAAAGUAAUGUUGGAAAAUUCUAGAAAUUUUGAUGCUACAAGACCCAGGGGAGUGGAAGCAGGAAAGGAUGUGGGAUUUCUCCGGGGAGGGUGGGGGAGAGAGACACUGGAAUCAGGGAGAGGGGAGGAGACUGACAAUAUCGUACCCUUCAACAUGAAGCAGCCCAAAUCCAGAACACCAUCUUCCAGGUCCGAAAUCCUGUGUGAGUCAUGUAACUCAUGUGAGAUUGUGGACAAUGGAAAAUGCACUUUGGGGGGCAUGACACACCAAAAUGUGCAUUGGGGGGCGCUGCACAAGAUUGCUGACCCGAAAAACCCUUAUUUGGGGCAGAUGUGAAAAAACACUUUUUGGGGAGCAAGAUGUCAGCCUGAAAUUGAGAAAGAGCGUCACACCCAAAAUGGCCACUGUACUCUGGGGGGAUGGGACAGGAUGUCCUGUUUUUUGGGGGGGCAGUUGACAGGUAUGCAAUAUGUUUCUCAAAUAAUAUCAUAUACACUUCAGCAUUGAAAUUCUACAGAUCAUCAAACACAACAAGUGUAAUUGGAACUGCAGUUGGACAAAAUCAGCAAUCCAAAAAGAGCAUGACAUGUCAACAACUAAAAGGGUAGCUCUCAGGAAUAUAUCUACUUUAACCCAAGCAGAGUUUGUUGUGGUAGAAUGCAAGAAGAACAUUUGUUUUUGUCUGAAAGUAUUAAGUUACGAUAGGGCUGUGGAUUACCAAACAUUUAAACGCUCAAGGACCCCUACUGCCUUUCCUUCUCAUCUAAUUAAAUCAUCAAAGACUUUUCAAGGCAUCUGUAGUGGUGCAUGCUCUGUUUCUGACUCAUUCAAUUUACUGUAUUCAGUAAGUUUAUAUGAGGUUUUAUGAAAGUUGUUCACAUUUCCAGGUCCUCUGGCUGCACAUAGAGAAUACAUAAGCUUCUCAGCCAGUGCCGUUCGCUAUUCCCUCAGAAACCACCAGCUGGUUGACAGUGCAGCCAGUGGCAUAGCGUGGGGGAGCAGGGAGGCUGUGGCCACAGGCACAAAAUUCUGAGGGGGCACAACCAGGUGCCCCCCCACAGGCACUGGCUUCCACGGGGAUCCCCACCCUGGUGAAGGUGGCAAAGCGGCUCAGACCCACAGUCAGCAGGUGCAGAGGAAGGGAGGUCAGCAAGGGGCAACCACAGCAUGAUCUCAUCUCCGCUGGCAUUGGUGGGGAUUCACCUGCCAAGGGCCACACCAGUUGGUGGGCAAGCAAGUGGUGUAGCGCAGCUCUGUUUGGCUCUGGGGGGACGCUCUGGUUGUGUCAGCAGCUUGCCUGCUCCGGGUGCCAGCAACACGUGGUAUGCCACUGAGUGCAGCUGCCACCAUCUAAUUAUUUCUACUCUCACAGCCACCAGUAGAUAAAUUAUUAGCUCCUAAAAAAGCAGGAAUUGCGACCUUCUAACAGAUUAAGCAGUUGUUAGCAGUUCAGAUAUGAUUUCCUCACCCUUAAUUGCUGAUAUUUGCUCAUGCACCUAAUACUGGGCAAGUCCACCAGUGACGAAAAUAGGCAUCCAAGUGUUCCACAUUUCUUCCAGCUCAAUAGAAUUCUCUCUUAUUUGGGAUGGCACUGAGCACAUUGGCUUUUUACUCCAAACUAGCAAGUUUGUCAGCUGAUAUUUAUUUGCUGAAGUCCUUCCUCCAAAUUUCUUUAAUACUGCUGGUGUCCGGGUCACUUGUAUGAAUUAGCAGACUAUGCAACCAGUUUGUUCAAACACCCUUCAGCUUUCCUAUUAUCUAUUUAUAAAAAUGAAUACUUCCUAUUAUCUGUCCCAAAUUCUCCAACAUUCCUCCCAUCUUCCAUGGGACUUGGUUAUCUCCAAUUAAAGGACUAUAGGAAAGCCACAGAAGGAUGUGCUGGGAAUGGUGCUUCUCUUUACAUGGAAGAAGGGCAGAUUCUUCCCCUGAAUCCCUGUGGAUGGCAGUGCUGGACCUCAAAAUUAGUACUUAGGAUGUACUCUCUUAGCACCCUACUGAUCAAAAUGCCUAGGUAGACCUUGAAAUGGAGAAUCAAGGAAGCAUCCAAAGGAGGAAAUGUUGCAACAAUGGGUACUUUAGUUAUCCUCAUAGAUAAAUGCAUGUUCCAGUCACAACAAAGAGACAGCAUUGGCAGAUACCUAAAUGACUCUGCCCUGGAACAGUUGGCUAGAGAACCAAAUAGAGGAAAGGUGACCUUCGACUUAGGUGACACCCAGGACUUGAUACAGAGAUGGAAGUGUUGUGGAACCUGGGUUAGCUGUUAUACUGCCAUUCCAACUAUAGGUGGCAGUGUGACCAGCUGAGGCAGUGAAUCAUGCUGCUGCUCUUGCUUUUUUUUGCUUUUUUUCUUUUUUAAGCACUUUAUUGAAUAGUCACCAUACUUUCAGGUUGAAUACUGUAUACAGGUUCUUUGGAACGGUUCUAUCAACAACAUAUCAGUUCUUUGGAGAAAGCAACUGCCUUGUGGGGCUCUGUAUCCCGAACCAGCUAACUCUCCUGCUUCUGUGUCCCACUAACCGCACAGGGGAAGGAGUCUAUCUUCAUGCUUUCUCCUACACUCUGGUGCAGAUAGCGUUGUUCAUUUCACACUCCACAACCAGCUUUCCAUCUUCUAUUUUUCUUUUUAUUGUGGUCUCUUUGCCAUCCCAUUUCUGCAACUGAUUGAGCGACCCAUUGUCUAAUGUUACAAUACUCCUUACUUUCCUGUCAUCUGCUGUGGUCUCAUCAAACUGUUCCCCCAGUUUGAAGGAAAUCUUGGUGUUCUUUAAACUCCUCCCUGUUUUGAUGGUUAUAACAUCUCCGUUGCAACUGAUGAUCACGUUGGGCUUGGCAACACCAGCCACCUUCUGCUCUUGCUUGCACGAAAGCUGUUCCCCAGUUAACCGACUGGGAACAAGGGAACACAUUGCUACCAGAUCAACAUUCAUGGUAGGCAGCUGCCAGUUUCAAGGAGGACAAGGCUAUUGAUGGCUAAUAGCCACAAUGGCUGUGCUCUGCAUCCACUGUUGGAGGACGAAUGCCUCUGAAUAACGGUUGCUGGAAACCACAGGAGGAGAGAGAGCUGUCGCCCUCACGUCCUGCUUUCAGGCUUCCUGUCGACAUUUGGUUGGCCAAUGUGAGAACACGAUGCUGAACGAGAUGAGCCCUUGGCUUGACCCAGCAGGACUCGUCUUAGGUUCUCAUGGUUUUAACCCGGGUCUCUCCAGUCCUAGUCUACUUCAACAUCCAGUCUCUUUGGAUACUCAGGACCAGUGGCGUAGCGUGGGGGGUGCAGGGGGGGCCGGCCGCACCGGGCGCAACAUCUGGGGGGGGCGCUUGCACUCGCAGCUCUCUGCCCCUACCUGGCUCACUCACUCUCUCUCACUGCAGUGCUGGCUGUGCGAAUCCGAUCCGAGCCGCUGGGUCGCCGCCCACUGUGGAGGGGGUGGGUGCCAGGCGUGCGGUGCGGAGAGAGAGCAAGGGACUAUCUGGGGGAGGGACAGUGCAGCAGCUGCCCAGCGCAGCACUGAGCGCGGGAGAGAACCACACCAGACCAGACCAGGCAGCAGCAAGAAGCUGGCAGCGGCGGCAGGUUAGGGGGCGCAAAUUACUUGCCUUGCCCUGAGUUAGGGGGCGCAAAUUACUUGCCUUGCCCCGGGUGCUGACAACCCACGCUACGCCGCUGCUCAGGACUUCUUUUCAUGAAGCAAUUCAGAUACCAGCGGACCAAUCCGAAGUCUCUUUGGUAGGGAGUAAGUCUCAUCAAACUCGGUGAGAGUUGACUUCCGAAUACAUACGUUUAAAGAAGAUUGGAAAAUGUUUAUUGAAUAUAGAGCGGGAAAUUGUGUACACUUGAAAACGUACACAACGUUGGCAGCAUUAAGAUGAAUUCAACAGUGUAAAUAAGUUUUGGUGGAUGUAAUAAUGGAAUACUGAAUGGUUUAGUUUAGUAUGCAGGGAUUUAUGUUAUGCAAAAUGAACCAUGGAAAGAGAAGAAGGGAAGUCAUUGAUAUUUUAAGGUUGUUUAAAUGAAUAUUCUAAAACGUAAAACAGAAAAUUUAAUAAAAAUUAUAGAAAAAAGUGUUGACUUUCGAAUAAAUAGGUGUAGCACUGUGCUGCACAAACAAACUUACUAUUCCGUAUUUUUCUAUUACAUUGUGAACCUCCUUGAGCAUUUUUAUUGGAAAGAUAGGUUAGAAAAAGUUUUGAUAAACAAAUAUGUCACGGACUAAAUGACCCUUGGGGUCCCUUCCAACUCUACAAUUCUAUGAAAAUCCUGCUUUCUAUGAAACCCCACUUUAUUUAUCAAAGAAUCUGGCUUCAGCUUUCAAAACCUGGGGUUUCUUGUUGUGGGCCUUGAAGUUUGAUGAUGUAGAGAGGUUGGGGGGGUAUUCUAUUUGGUUAAGUAGCUCGAAUAAAUAUUUGAAUUUAGUCAAUGUGCUUCUCAAUUUCUGGCACACAAGGGACUCACUUCUUAGUGUCCUCUGUAGGUCUGGCUCCCCAUGGGCCACGUUUAAUCCUUCCCUUUUGCUGCUACUCUUCCAAUAAGCUUCCAGUAGAUUUUUUCCACUGCGGUUUUAAGGCCACGCGCCCCAUCUCCAAAGUAGUUAGUAGAUCAUGUCGCUGCUAUAUUUUAAGAAAUAAAGCCAUGUUUUAGUCUGUUCGGAUGGUGUAGAUCAGAAGGUCUAGGGCAGAGAGUGUGAACAGAGCUAGUGGAAGCAGCAUUUCCGCUCCUAAGGAGGGUAUGGAGCUGCCUCCUGGAUCAAAACAAUUAAAAGUAAUAUUGAGGCCUUUUGAUGGCCAGUCACCGAAAGGUCUGUUCUCAGUGGUUGGUCAGAACUGUAUUAAUCCAGUUAAAGGCGAAAAGGGCACAGUGCCAACUUAGUGGUGACACACCAAGGACCUGCUUCUUAUCUAGGGCUGGAGAGAUUUUUGGUUUUAUCAGGACUGAUGGGAGCUUUAGUUCAGCAAUGUCUGUCAAGCACCAUGGUGACUGCCAGUGACUUAAAUCAAAUAGUAAUAGUAAUAAUAGUAAUUUUAUUUAUUCCCCGCUCAUCUGACUGGGUUGCCCCAGCCACUCUGGGAAACUUCCACAUAAUCAAAGAACAACAAACGUCAAAUAUAAAAAACUUCCCAAUACAGGCCUGCUUUCAGAUGUCUUCGAAAGUUGUGUAGUUCUUUAUCUCCUUGACAUUUGAUGGGACGGUGCUCCACAGGGCGGGUGCCACUAUGGAGAAGGCCCUCUGCCUUGUUCCCUGUAACUUCACUUCUCGCAGUGAGGGGAACGUCAGAAGGCCCUCGGCGCUAGACCUCAGUGGGGGUGGAGAGGCUCCUUUAGGAGUCAGUCAUGUAGAAAUUGUCUAUCAAGUUUUGAGGCAACCCUAAUAUGCUGGCAAGGGACGCUGGUGGUGCUGUGGGUUAAACCACAGAGCCUAGGACUUGCCAGUCAGAAGGUCGGCGGUUCGAAUCCCCGCGGCGGGGUGAGCUCCCGUUGCUUGGUCCCUGCUCUUGCCAACCUAGCAGUUCGAAAGCACGUCAAAGUGCAAGUAGAUAAAUAAGUACUGCUCCGGCGGGAAGGUAAACGGUGUUUCUGUGUGCUGCUCUGGUUCACCAGAAGUGGCUUCGUCAUGCUGGCCACAGAACCGAAAGCUGUGCACCGGCUUCCUCGUCCAAUAAAGCGAGAUGAGCGCCGCAACCCCAGAGUUGGCCACGACUGGACCUAAUGGUCAGGUGUCCCUUUACCUUUACCUAAUAUGCUGGCAAGUAUCGUGAGGUGAAUAUGGAAUCCCUCUGCAGAAUGACCACUAUUUCAGCCCUUUGUGACCAUGACUUCAACCUGAUCCAUUAUCGUCAGAAAACCCUUUCCUCUGAGACAAAUUCUUUCCGCCCCAGGAUCAUGUUCGUUCUCUUUUGUGACGCUCUUGUUCAUCACAGGGAGUGGAAUCAGAAGCUCUUGCACCAAAAUGAACAGAAUGAAACAAUGCGACUCCUUCUUGUUGUUUUCACACCUGAGAAUCCAGCAUGUCCUGAGGACCCCUUUUCUGCCCUAGCAUGCCACAUAUCGAAGGGCAAAGGUCUGCAGCAGGUCACUUCCUGUACUUGCAGAGCCUCCUUUCCAUUUUAGAACUCUGAGUACGGAACCCGUGGGAGGUAUUUGGUAGUGGUGAACCCAGGAAGAGACAGCUGUCCCUUGCACAACGAAAAUUUAAUGUACAGACUGAACGCCUAAGUAGAGCUUACGUACAUAGUACUUGACAAAGAUUUGGUGUGACUGGUCUCUAUUCCAAGGCUGUAGAAAUGUUCACACAAGGAAGGAAUAUGCAUUAUUUCAGUUUGUUUAUAUGCAGUCGGGCCACCCUGAUGUUGUGGGACUACAACUCCCUUCAUCCCUAAUGGGUGGGAGUUGGGAGUCCAGCAACAUCUGGAGUGCUAAAGCUUCACCAUACCUUCAGUUGGGGCAAGGAGGUUAUGCCAAAGAUUUCACAAGAAAGGUGAAGGAUUGCAGGAAGAGGCACAGAAGCAUUUGGGCAGUGGGCAGUUGGCUUUCCAGGGAGCCAAAGUCCUUCAGAAGGCUGAUGGGAGAUGGAUAAGGGAGCGUCACAAGAAGGGAUGUGUUGCUUUCAUGGAAAAAAUAGUGCUGCUAUGGUUCGUAAAGAUGAUGGUUCCUCUUACCAGGUAUGAAGAUAUCCAUGUGUUGACGAGUAAGAAUUGUUUUUAGGUGACCAAGCAAGGGUUCUGUUUCCUAAGAGUGUUGUUUCUGCGUAUUUUGUUUCUUCUAGGCUAUUGGUGUGUCACAAACAAUAGUUCAGUUGCAUUAGGGACAAUUUUUGAAAGCUAUCAGCAUGUAGGUCUUCUUUCAAGGCUGCAUUCUUCUUUGGGGGUUUUAUGCAUCUUAAUACUACUUUUCAUACAUCUUUGUUUUAGCGGCUUUACAGCUCUUUAGUUUAAUUGAAGCCCAUGGAUGUAACAUAUCUCUCUCUCUCUCAUAUUCUCUUUGACCAGCAGGACUGACUCAACCAUUAGGCAGGGUGAGGCAGCUACAUCAGGUGGCAGAUGCCGUAGAUAGUAACAGCCGCUUGCCCACCCCUGUUCCUCCUGAAUCCCUUAAGCUAACCUGCUCUGAGCUACCUAAGGUAUCCUGCUGCCUUCAGGUAGAGUGGAGGAUGUUGUCCUACUGGCCAUGUUGAAGUAAGGUUCAAUUUGCCCAGCCCAGUUGGAUUCUGUACAUUGGGCAGGAGGGGGCACCAUCUUGUCCAUCGCCUCAGGCAGCAAAAUGUUUUGGCCAGUUAACUUAGUCAAAAAUGGAAGAUCCCAUUGGCAAAUCUUGCAACUGUUCUCAACAGUUCUCAACUGUUCUUAUUGCCCUGGGGGGAAAGAUCCAAGAGACAAGGCCUGAUCCCAGCAGUCUAGAAUGAUCACACUUUCCUCAGCCUUGUAUAUGAAAGGGGGGAGGCGGAUGUAACUGCAGCCCUUUUGUCACUGCUUAGCCCCACUCCUAAAUAAAACAGCAGAGAGACCAACAAUCUCCCCGCUGCUUUCUCUUCCUUUCACUGUGGGAGGGGAAGACAGGCUUCGGUCCUUUGAUGUGCAGGCCUUGUAAAUCCAUUGAUGAUGCCUUGUGUGUGCGCUCAUGUGAGUCAGGACCAGCCCCAGUUCCCUUUGAAGUGCUCCAGCGACCAGGAUGAAAGUGGGAUGGAGGGGGAAGAGUCCUUCCCAAGCCAUCAAGCCCUAAUUGCAGGUAAUAGUGCCCUUCCGUAUCCCAUAUGGGGAGGCGAGCAUCCCUGUUUCCCCUAAUCUUGCAGUUACAUUCUGGGCUCCUGCCGUGAAAGGAAGUAAGCACACAGGGAACAGGCUCAGAGAACUCGGCCAGCACGUUGGGAAAUAGCUCCUGGCUGCAAGAUGCACGAGGGAACAGUUGGAAGUUCCUUGGUGAAGAGUUUAAAGGACCUAGAGCACAGGAAGAUCUUUCCUAGGGAUUUUGCUAGGCUGUUGCCAAUUCAUACGUUUAUUAUUAUUUUUUCAAAUGAGGUUAGAAUUGGGGGGGGGGGAUUGCACCAGUGUGGCAAUUUCAUUCUUACGGAAGGAUGCAGAAUGCAUGAAAAGGAACGGCAGUUGGUUUGCGCAAACGGUGUGGCGGAGGAAUAUAUUAGGGCCUUGGUUUCUUCGCCACUCUGAAACUUACAGCCAUGUCAGCUUGUUCCAUUAUAGUGGAGGUUGCAAUGUUUGGUACUUUUUAGAUCAGAGUGAAGGUGACAUGAUAGAAGUCAGCAAACUAGGCAAAACAUACAAAACAGGAAAGUACCUUAGGCUCAGAGCAUGGAGUCAGUCUAGCUCUGUGCUGUUUACACUGGCUGGCAGCAUCUCUCUAGGGUUCCAGUCUUUGCCAGUUCUGUCCAGAUAUGCUGAGUGCUGUUGAGCAUGUGCACCAGGUAUGGGAGCAGGGGUUGGGGGGAGUUAGCCCCUUUUUUGCCAUACCAUAUUAUGGAUGUGGAUACAACUCGCCACCCCUCUGCUGCUGUUUCCUCGUUAGGAAAAGCCUACAUGUAACUAUAGCAAGGUAUAUAGCUUGUUGCAGGCUGUUUUUUGUCAAGGAAAAUGGCACAAGGUAGGAAGUAUUAAUCCUGCCCCCGACUUACUCUUAAGGGACGCAUGUGGCGCUGUGGGUUAAACCACAGAGCCUAGGGCUUGCCGGUCGGCGGUUCAAAUCCCCGCAAUAGGGUGAGCUCCUGUUGCCCGGUACCUGCUCCUGCCAGCCUAGCAGUUUGAAAGCACAAAGUGCAAGUAGAUAAAUAGGUACCGCUCCAGCGGGAAGGUAAAUGGCGUUUCCGUGUGCUGCUCUGGUUCGCCAGAAGCAGCUUAGUCAUGCUGGCCACAUGACCCGGACGCUGUACGCUGGCUCCCUCGGCCAGUAAAGCAAGAUGAGCACCGCAACCCUAGAGUUGUCCGCGACUGGAGCUAACAGUCAGGGGUCUCUUUACCUUUACUUACUCUUACCACCAUGAUCCUCAGGCCCCUUCAGUUGCUUAUUGGCCUUGUUUUUCAAAGCUGGGAGAUCCCAUUGUGGAUUGCUUAAAAAAUAUAUAUAGGUUAACUUCAAUGCAAGUGUUUCUGUAUAUUAAAAGAGGUUUAUUAGUUGAAAGGCAUGAAUGCAAUGCCAGAACCAAUAAUUGGCAAGUGUGGUGUAGUAGUUAAGAGCAGUGCUCGUAAUCUGGUGAACCGGGUUCGAUUCCCCGCUCCUCCGCAUGCAGCUGCUGGGUGACCUUGGGCUAGUCACACGUCUCUGAAGUCUCUCAGCCCCACUCACCUCACAGAGUGUUUGUUGUGGGGGAGGAAUGGAAAGGAGAUUGUUAGCCGCUUUGAGACACCUUAGGGUAGUGAUAAAGCGGGAUAUCAAAUCCAAACUCUUAUUAUUAUUUGCACAUGUAUGCAAAUAGGUUUUAGAAUCUCUCCCCUCCUGGUUUUGGAUUCCGUGUGAUGCUUCUGCCAUGCAGAAAGGUAAAGAUGCAAAGUGCGGCACGGCACCAGUGAAAAGCUGUCGUGGGGGCCGCAUUUUGAUGGAUCUGUAGAAGAAGAAGGUAGUACCAGAAGCAUGUUAGUGAGCAACCAAGGUUUCUGGGCCUGCAGCCUAGAAGUGGAGAACAUGUAGCCCUCCAGAUAUGGUUGGAUUACAACUCCCACCAUCCCUGAUCACUGUCCAUGCUGGUUGGGGCUGAAGUCCAGCAGCAUCUGAAAGACUGGAGGAGAUUCCACACACCGGCUGUAACAGGGAAAGUUGGGAAGAACAGAUUGAAAAAUAGCUGAGCCAGCAUGGGGGGGCGGGGCCUCAGAUCAAACUCAUUCGCUUGUGUGUAGCAAGUAAACUGAGCUUAAAUGGGGUGGAAAGUUAGAAGAAAAAAAAGCACAGGGAUAAUGUAGUCUGAGCCAUGAAGGACUGAUCAAAAACCAGAUGAGAUGCACCAGCAUAAUUAUCUGUAGGUGUUCAUAGUAAGCCCAAAGUAUAGGAAUGUGUAUGCUUAAAUAUGGUGUGUUUGAUAUCUCAGACCAGUAUUCUGGCCCAUUCACAGCUCAUUAAUCCAGUGGGGCAAGUUGCUAACAUGCCUAGUGCCCACUCUUAUCUUGCCCCUGGUGUGAGAAAAAGAAAGCAGCUAGAUCUCACUUUUCAUGAGGCAACGGAGAGUGGUUCUGAUGAUGCUUCCCUCACUGCCUCUUGUUGCCAGAUCUCUACUUCGUCCGACACGGCUUCAAUCAAAGAAGACGAAAUGCCACAGUCUAACAAGGUCCGGAACCUGAGGCGAAAUGGACGGGCCAUGCCACACAGACAGAAACGCCGUUGGCCACUGCAACAUGCUGCAAGGAACCAGUUGGCAUCGCUCCAGCCAGGUGGCGCAACCCAGGAGGAGAGCACGCCCUUUGUGCUGGACUUGAAGAACCUGCCAGGCUUAGCCAACGUGGACCUGAGUGCCCAGAAUCCAAAUAUACAGGUAGGCCAAUGGGCUUAGGGCUGUAUUGAUUAGGCUCAGAACAAACAAACAAACAAACAAACAAAAAGUGGCACCAUCUGUAGUUCACUUAGAACCGACCCAUGCUUUGGGGUAGUUGGUCUUGACUUGGACUCCUGGAGCAUGGACAGAAGAGGGAGGGAGGGAGAUUCCAUAGUUGCAGAACAGCUGCCAAGAAUGCCUUUCUGCAUGCCCAUGUCUCAGGGGUUUGAUGCAAAAAAGACUAUAAUCCAAAGAGGUGCCUUCAGACAUGAGUAUUAUUGCGUUAGUUUUCCUAGCUAUAAUGCUCGCACUUCUGUCCCAGUUUCUAAUGCUUCUUUUGUACUGCAUUACCUGUUGCAUUAUGGAACGGUUGCCUUUCGAUCGAUAUACUGCCAUGUCACACUAAAUUUCAUUCACACCAGUGGGUGUGGUUUGGCAGAGCAACAAACACCAUUGGUUUAACACAAAGAAAAACGGCUUGUACUUGUUUUUGAAACGCAGGGCUUGUGCAUAGAGAGCCCCAAUAGCAGAGUUUAAAUCUCAUUGUAAGGCAGAUUUAACUGAAGCAUAGGAAUAGUUUUUUUAUCUUCUUUUUAAUCAAUCAAUUAAUAUAAUAACAACAACUAUUAUUUUAUUGUUAUUUUAUUUACACCCUGCCCAUCUGGCUGGAUUUACCCAGCCACUUGGGCGGCUUACAGCAUAUCUAAAAACAUAAUAAAAACAUCAAGUGUUUAAAACCUCCCAAUACAGGACUGCCUUCAGAUGUCUUCUAAAAGUUGCGUAAUUCUUUAUCUUACUGAUAUCUGAAAGGAGGGCAUUCCACAAGGAGGGUGGCACUACUGAGAAGGCCCUCUGCCUGGUUCCCUGUAACUUCGCUUCUCGCAGUGAGGGAACCAGCUGAAGAACCUAGGAUGAGGACCUCAAUGUCCGGGCUGAGCGAUGCAGGUGGAGACACUCCUUUGGGCAUUCCAGCUCCUUAAGGCAGCUGACCCUCCCCCCCCCCUUUCAAUAAAACAGACUGCAAGGUAAGUUUAAAAAUGAUUUACUUACAGUUACUAGGUCUCAAGACUUGCAUUUUCCUUAGUAAAAACAAUAAAAUGCAGGUAAAUAUUCUUAGUUGAGAAAUAUACAGCAAGAGCAGCCUCAGAUACAUAUAUGUGGCAGAGUAAAGUUGAGCCAUACCCGUGCAGCAUGGCAGAGAGAAAAAGGAACAGGAAGCAGGCCUUACUUCCUCUCUCCUUGGAGAAGAGGGGAUGUGACAUCGUAGAGCCUACUCUAGUAAUUUAGGACUCCGUGGUCCUUAACCCCUUCACACACUAAGUAGCACUGUUGGUAUGACUGCAAAUUUCCUACAUAAUCUCCACGAGCACAAUAUGCUUAUUUGUCUUGUUCAGUACUUUGCAAAGUCGCUAAGAUCCUAUUGUAAAAUGGUAACUUCAUCUUGCGCUGCAGGCCUAAGCACACUUACUUUUGAUGUGGCUCUACAGAGCUUACGUGUGACUUACUUCUGAGUAAGCAUGCAUAUACUCUUGCUUAUAGUGGUAGAACUACUUCCACUUUGCCCUCCCCUGCCCUGUUAAACGGUCACAGACACUUGCACCAUGCAGUGUGUGACUUUUGAAAACAGCUUUCUUUAGUAUCCUUAGUGGUUUAUUAUAUGUAAGUAGAAAAGCAGUUUUGCAAGCAGGGUUUGGGACAUGACCUAACUGGAUUGAUAAUGGGGCUCCAUGGAGAAUUAUUGGACAUUGCGUGAGUGUCUUGGUCAGCACUAAACUGAGAGAGAAGUGGUAAAAGCUUGAAUGGGCAAAUAUAUGAAUGUAGGAUGUACUAUUGCUCUUAAAAGAACCCCACAGUGCUUUAGUGGUGGUGCCCCAUAAACCCUCUUACCCAGUGCCAUUACUUGCAGGUGACCAUUGAGGUCGUGGAUGAUCCUCAGGCUGAGAUGGAGAUGGACCUGCUGAAGGAAACUAGCAAUGACUGGUCUCUGACCUCCUCUGAGUGGCUGUCCCACAAAGACCUCUUCUGGCCACUUUUCUGGGAGUACACGGACCCCAUGGAGGAAGGGGAGGAAGGGGAAAAUUUGGACAUAAGGAGCAGGGGGGAAGAAGACGACGAUGACGAAGAGGAGGAGGAUGACUACACUUCAGAGUAUGAUGAGGAAGAAACGGUGCUGAGUGGAGUGGGAGGUGACUGGGACCAGCGGUGGCCCCAUCAGAAAAACUGGAUCUUCAAAGAGAAGUAUAAUUACGGUGCGGCUCCCUUUCCUGCCCUUGGUAGGUCUACAGAGCUGCGCUAACUCAUUGACUGUUAAGGGGCAGGAGAGCAUUUUCAGGAGAGAGCAAGAGGGUCUUUUCAGUUCAUUAUCUCCUCUGUUCCUCUCCAGUUAAGAUGAGUGGUCCAGCUGAUUUGUUAUGGGGAAAUCUGGGAUGUAUCCAACUGAAAUGCCUGCAUUAUUCCAGCAAUCCCAAUAAGCAUCCUUCCAUAUUUGUGCUUUCUCUUCUGUACAUAUGCUUGAGAAUUCCUAAUUUAAAUCCAUUUGUGAAGUUGGUGGGCAAGGUCUGCUUUAUGUGAUAGAAACUCAUUAUGCAGACUGGGGGGGGGGGGGGGAGGAAGAUUUGCAUGUCCCCUUUUUCCAUUGUAGAUACAUCAAUGUGACAAUUGUGUAUAUUGGAAAAACACUUUUGCUCUGCCCUCCAUAUUGCAUAAUGUGCGUGCAUUUUGCAACAUGAAAUGGAAAAUAUAACCUAUGAAGUGACUGCAAAUCAGGCCCAAAAGAUCUUGAACCAUUAGGUAGGGUAACCCUUGAAAUUUUAGGCACUGUAUGGCCAAAACCAGACCAAUGUGCAAGAUUCUGGGAAUCACAGCUUUCAUUUAAAAGUGGGGCGGAGUGCCUGGCAGGAAAAGCAGGUGAGGUGGCGCAUGCAAUUCUCCUCUUCUGGAUUUCUAGCUGCACAAUAUAGGUUUGGGUGAGAGAUCUAGGCUGCUGGGUGAUAGGGAAGAAAUGUGUAUGAGCGAGACCUUUUUCUUACACUCUCCAGACUAUGAAGAUGAAGAGGAGUGGAGCCCUUGGUCUCCGUGCACUGUAACCUGUGGCACCGGCAACCAGAAAAGAACCCGGUCUUGUGGCUACGCAUGCACUGCGACGGAGUCGAGGACCUGUGACCUGCACCGCUGUCCUGGUAUGCCUUUUCUCCUUCCACCCCUGCCUUGUCUGCCUCUUGUUCCCUCUUCAAAGCUCCUGCAGUUAACUGCAGCUUUCUCAUCUGUAAAGAGAGUGACCCCUCUAUUUUGAGAGGAUCUGUUUUCAAACAUCCCAAGAGGACAGGGGUGAGUUUCCAAUAGGGAUGCUUGUGGUCUGACUCUCUGGCAAAAGGUCAUUUCCAUUCUGACAUCUCAGGUGCUGAGAACACAAUUCUUCUCCUCGUGGUUCUAUGUUCCAUUUGUGCAAUGAUUUCCACUUGUGCAAAGGAGCACCUUUUCCCUCUCCUUCCCUACUCUGUGGCCUGUGCCUUAAAACUGCUCAUGGGGUCCUUCCAGCCCUCUGGAGCAGAUUGGGGGAGUGUGGGGAGAGGAGAGGGAAAGGACGUUUUGCUGCACAAAUGGAAGGCGUUUCUCAAACAGGACAAUUGUUGUACAGUAUACAUUGCUCUCAUGUGUUGAUAAAAGUGCUGCGGCUGCCAGCAUAAAUUGGCUGCCAUCAGCUGCAAUAAAAGAGGUGCAGGUACUCUGUACUGGUGAGUGCUGUCGCCGAAAUCACUGGUUACGUGCAACCCUGUCUCUUAUUUUACAUUGCUUGCACAAAAUGCAAAUGCUGCUUAUUAUGUACUGAGUUGAAUAGGAUCCAAAAUGCAGCAGUCUGAUUGGUCCUAGAACAAUAGGAUUCAGAAUCCAGCAGUCUGAUUGGUCCUAGAACAAUAGGAUUCAGAAUGCAGCAGUCUGAUUGGUCCUAGAACAAUAGGAUUCAGAAUGUAGCAGUCUGAUUGGUCCUAGAACAAUAGGAUUCAGAAUGCAGCAGUCUGAUUGGUCCUAGAACAAUAGGAUUCAGAAUGCAGCAGUCUGAUUGGUCCUAGAACAAUAGGAUUCAGAAUGUAGCAGUCUGAUUGGUCCUACUCUUGACUCCGGGUAUAUUUCACUGCUGAAGAACUUUGUGAAAAGGGAUGUCCCUCUCCAUGAGGAAUUGGUUUCAGAGUAAUGGUGGCUCUCCAAAUAUUGUUGGACUUCAGUUCCCAUCAGCCCCAGCCAGCAUUCACAGUCAGGCAUGAUGGGAGUUGUUGUUCAGCAAUAACUGAAACGGCCACAGGUUGUCCAUUCUUGCUUUCAGAAAACCAUUUUUCCCCAUCCUGAUAAUUAUUUCAGUAACUCCUUUCUUUUCUCUGACACAUUUGAUAUAUAAGGCCAUCAACUGAAAGCCUACUCAGAGUGUUGUGGGUCAAAAGCAAACUUUGGGCCUGUGUGUGUCUAUCUGUGUCACAUUUUGGCCUGGGAGUUGUGGACAGGAAAUAUAUACAGAGUUGGAGAUUGAAGCCCAGCUCCUGUAACACCUUUUAAGUGGCAUGUGGUUCCCCUCUGACCCUUUUGCUUCUGUGCUUCCCUCAAGGAGCAGAUGGGGAGUUGUCUCUUGCCACAGAAGAGACACCAUUUGAGGCUGAGAAUGCCACAGAGAUCCUAAACUCAGGUCAGUACAUUCCAAAUGAGCACAGCUACGCUAAGAAAUUGCACAAGGAGCUGAGCGAGUGAGUUGAUCAUAAUCUUAAGGUUGUCUCACUUUCUUAUGCACACACCUGUAUUCUCUCUCUCUCUCUCUCUCUCUCUCUCUCUCUCUCUCUGUCACACACGGCCUGCACUUUUGAAGUGUUCACUUGCUCCUGCCUAGGCAGAGGGGGCACCUUUCCCUUCCCAGGUUAAGGCCACAUUUCGUUUUUUGUUUUUUUAAAAAAAAAUUAUUGAUAAUUUCAAAAUUACAAGAAAAAUAAAAAAUAACAAACAACACUACAAUACAAAAAAAGAAAAAAGAAGAAGACAAUAAAAAAGGAGAAAAGCACAAAAUGAGAAAACCAAUAUAACAAUACAGCAAUAAAAAAGUAAAAAAAAAGAAAAAAGAGAAAAAAAAACACAAAUCCCAAAUUGCAUAUCCAUAAUUUCCAUUUGCUUGUUUCAUUGACCUCCUCACACCUCCGUUUUUGUAUUCUAGUUUAGUAAUUAUUUCAGCAAAUUCUUUCCAUCUUUCUCAAUUUUUGUUAUAAAAUUUGUCUUAACAAUUUAACCUAGUAAUUAGCUCAACAAAUCCUUACCAUCUUUCCCCAUAUUCUAUUAUUCAGAUUACCUUAAUUUAUUUAUCCUUAUCUUACCCCUAAGUGCCUUAAAACUUAAAUCUUAAAUUUCAAAUAUACAUAACUCCUAAUAUCAUUUCUGCUAGAGUCGUAUAGUUUCAUUCCCACAUUUUCCCUAAUAUUCAUUAGCUGAUUCUAAAAUUAAAAGUUUCCAUUAUAAAUUCUCUUCCAAUCAUCAUCCAGCGUCUCUUCUUCCUGGUCUCGGGUCAUGUCAGUCCUUAUUUUCCUUAUUGUCCAUUCCGUCUAGUCCAUCAACCUGGAAGCCUUAUGUCCGAGGCCCUUAAAUCUCUUCCAUGUCCCUUCUGCAAUUCUUCUUCAUCUUGUUUGUGCUUGCCCUUUUCCUUGUCUCUUGUUGGUCUCUGUCUUAGUUUCUUUCCUUUCUCAUUGAGGAGUAGGUCUCUGGGGAUUCCAACCCAAAAUUGUCUCCAUCACCCUUCAUCCAGCUCACCCAUUCCCCACAGUCCCACUCCCCACAGUCCUCGAUGUAAUCCAAAAUGAAUUUAAAAUCAAAUUUCAGAAUCUCUCCAAAGCUAGAAGUCUCCUCAUCUCCAGACUCCCCUUGGCCCGCUCCAGCUUCAAUCUUCAAUAACAGUGGCUUAUGCUCCUGUAGGGCCUCGGGUCUCUCCAUUUGUACUAUUUGAGGUGCAGCCACAUCCUCCUCCAUUGUCAACUGCACUUGCCCAGUCGGUACAGAUUGAUAGGUUGGUUCUUGGAUGAUUUCAGUAUCAAUGUUAUUAACUACAACAGUCAAAUCCAUUUUCUCAUUCAUUAAGUCCAUCUUUUCAUGCAUCUGUUCCAGCAAAGCAUUUGUCUUGUAUAGAGCAAGCAACCAGUCUUUCUCCCAGCUCAUCUUUGUUCAAGGUCAAAAAAGUCUGUUCCCACAGUCUUAAUCUCACAGAUGUUGGGUCUCAAAUAUGCUGCAACAACAAUUUAGCAAGCUCCCUCUAGAGGAGACAAUCUACUUGUAGCCAUUUUUUUUUUAAAGACAAAGGAAAGUUACUUUCAUUUUUCAGAUAUUUCAGACGUUUUUCAGAUAUUUUGUUUCUUUAAGAUGCAAAAGGCAACAUUAGAAUCAACUUGUUUCUCUUCAUUAGCUAUCUGUCAAAGUGUUACGUUCACCGUCAAUGAACCUCAGCAACAGUUUCUGUCUCUGACACCCCGUUCCCAGGUUAGAGACGAUGGAAACUUAUCCUUCUUAACUCCCUCUCCUGGUAGGGUUAAACAGAGUCCCCCCCCCCUUUUCUCCUGCUUCCAAGGGGGGUUUCAGUGGUUCUAAAUGAAGGAAAUUUAGUCCUUUUUUGACAGCUUCCCGGCUUUAGCUUGCAAAAUUUUUGCUUUAGUCUAUAUACAAGGAAACGGAAGGCGGACUUCCUGUUUACACCUUCCCGCUUUGUUACCAAAUUAAAACAAUUUCUUGAUCCAAUUUUCCGUUUCUACUCACGGGUACUUGUUUUAAGUCCAAUUGUCCACAGGAAAAAGUCAGCGCUCUCUGGCAAUGGCUGUGCGGCUUCACUCCGUGAAAGUAGCAGUCAGUUCGUAGCACCGCGCUUCUCACCCCACUUUGCUCCGGAGCCCCUAGAUGGGAUUCCCCGCGAGUAGGGGGGCGCUUCUGGUGCCCUGCCGAACCCCACGUUCCCAGGCUUCCUCCGCCUGGGAUUUCUAGCGGGUCCCCACCUUCGCCGCGGCGGGAAGACCCAGUUUUCACGGAGCCCGUUCCUCCAGUCGGAGGAACUCCGCCAUUCACCAGUGGCGCUGACCCGGAAGCCCCACAUUUCGAAAGCACACAGCUUCUCUCCCUGGGCUGCCUUUUCCAAGCUUUGUGCUGCUCUGGAUCAAAGGGGCAGAGCCAUUAGAGAGACUGUGGACCUCUCAUUUAAAGGAUCUCUCUGGAGUGAGGUCUGGGAGGCGGGUGGAGGAGGCCAUUGCUAUGGGGAACCUUUUUCAGCCUGAGAAACGUGUUGCCUCCUUCCAGGGGCUGUUUGCCAGUGCUGCACAUGUCCCAAAGCAGAGGUGGGUGUGGAUAUUGCCAAAAGUGGCCAGGACAAUGGAUAUGUCUCUUCCCUUUGUGCAGUAGGCUACAUUCCAGCGGUUUAUGCACACCCCCACAUUACUCCAUCCUGCACCCAUCCAAGCAAGAGGGAUUGCCCCAAUUCAGGGACAAAUUCCUGUCAGGCAAAAUCGCUCAAGCUGAGGGCACGUAGCAGGGACCAGUGAGGCAUGUGACUUGGGAAGAGUCCCAAGGGGACAGGGAAGCCUAGAAUAGGGCUCCCCAACUUGGAUCUCCAGAUGUUUUUUGGACUACAAUUCCCAUCAACCCUGACCACUGCUCCUGGUAGCUAGGGAUGAUGGGAGCUGUAGUCCAACAGUAGCUGGAGGCCCACAUUUGGGAAACUCUGGCCUAGAGGGUCACAUUCAGCCGCUGGGCCUGUGAUUCCCUGCUCCUGAUUUAGUACCACCCAAGAUAAGCUGUCAACGGCAUGUUGUUUUGUCUGACGGCCGUUUCUCUCUCCCCCCUGUUCCCUUUCCUCAGAUGUGGACAGCUGUGAGAAGUGGCUCAAUUGCAAGAGCGACUUCCUCAACAAAUACCUGAGCAAAGUGCUGUCGGACCUGCCCAGCUGCCCCUGCUCCUACCCGCUGGAAGCCGUCUACAGCGCCGUCAACCUGCGGGACGAGCGGCAGGGCAAGAACUUCCGCUGGCGAGAUGCCAGCGGGCCCAAGGAGCGGCUGGACAUCUACAAGCCCACGGCCCGUUUCUGCCUGCGCUCCAUGCUCUCCCUGGACAGCACCACGCUGGCUGCGCAGCACUGCUGCUACGACGAGAGCGCCAGGCUGAUCACGCGGGGCAAGGGGGCUGGGGCCCCCAACCUCAUCAGCACCGAGUUCUCCCCCGAGUUGCACUACAAGGUCGAUAUGCUGCCCUGGAUCCUCUGCAAGGGGGACUGGAGCAGGUACCACGCCGUGCGGCCUCCGAAUAACGGGCAGCGGUGUGCUGACAACCCCCCAGAGGAAGAAUACCUCUCUCAGUUACAGGAGGCUAGGGAGUAUUAACGCAGAAAAAAACCCAAAAGACGUGGAGAGCAGGACAUUUUUGGUCUCCCACUCGACUAGGGAGUAUAACAGGGCCUCUCUUCUUCUCUCUCCUCCCCUCAGCUUUUAUGUCAACAAAGGCCUCCACUUCAGAAUGGCUACAGAGCCGCUGCUUGUUUUGCAUUCCCUUGGUAACCAGGUAGUCUGUAGGAAACCUUAGUGCAAACUCUACAGUGGCUUCUGCCCUGUCUUCUACAUAGUGGCCUCCAGUUUCCUUCCUGACUUCCUCAUUACCCAAAAGUUGCCACAAUUGGCCCAAAUGGGCUGUACCAGAAGGCUUGCUAUGGCCAUCCUGAGGGAUUAUAGGGAUGGGAAGAGCCAGAGGGAAAGGGGGGAGGUGUCUUUCAAAAGGCCCAUUGUGACUCAUUUUAUACCGCACACAAGCUGUCGCACGAAGGCAGACUGGGAGAUCUUAUGGCCUAAAACUCUAAUCGGGUGCUUGAAGGUUUUGCAUAGAGUCUGUAAGCAGUCUCAAGGUGGAUGACUCAAUACACCUAAAUUCUGUUUUUAGCUAAAAGGGAAACUUGGUUGGACAUAUUGAGAGUGACAGAUCUGGCUUCAAGCGUCUGUUGUCUUGAUGUAUUCCUGGGGCAAGAGAAAGGAUGACGUUCCACACUGUUUGGGAGAAACUGGGAUGGAGGGGUGCUGGGUUGUGCAUGCGUGCGUGCGUGCUUUGGAAUGUAAGUUCUGGGAUGUAUUGUGAAAACACAUCCCCUAAAGUGGAUGAGUGGCAGACAAAGCCAACCUGCUUGCUGGGUUGAUAGAACAAUCUGGGUCUCAUUUCUACCCAGCAAGUCUGAUAAGGAAGCAAGCAAAUGUUUUAAAACCAACACAUUUAUAAGACUCCAGGGGAGGAAUUGAACAUCUUGCCCUUCUGAUCAUUCUGUCAACACAAGCAUUUCGGCUUGCAAGACGGGACAAUCCUGAGCACAGUUCCCGGGGUUCCCUCCCCAAAAAACCUGAACCAAUUGGAGGGGCAGGAGGAGGAGAGUUGGGGGCAGGGUGAAGUCCUUGUUCAAGGCUUCUGCUGACAAGACUCAAUAGUUGAAUCCUAAGCCAGGUGUCCUGGGAAAAGUUGCAGUUCUGAGCAACCUCAGUCAAUAGCAUGGGAAAGAACAAAGCCCAUUUCCUCCAGCCAAACCAUUUCCAUUUCAUAUACCAGAGGUAGCCAACACGAUUCUUUCCAGUUGUUGGACACCACCUGCAACAUCUGGAGCUCCAGGCAGCACAGCCAGUAGUCAGGGAUGAUGUAAGUUCAGCCACAUCUAGCCACCCCUGAUAUAGAACUUCAUUCUGAGUUUUGGAUCUGAUGUUUGGCAGAGGAUUGGUUGGAACAACCCAGUCAUGGAUUUCUCACAUUGCUGUUUGGUUUCUCAACUUGUGAGGGAAAGACCCAACUUUCCAAAUUUCAUGUUUUUGUUUUGUUUUGGGAUUUUAACUUUUGGUCUAGUUCCUUUAUCAUUGGCAAUAAAGGGACAGGUUUGCCUCUUGAUACAGUGGGUGACAGCUGGGUUGUGAGUGAAGGGAUUAGUCCUAGAGCUAUUGGUGCUCUGGCUUUAAAUAAAGCAAGCCCACAGUUCUGGGCAAAGUAGUUGUGCAAACUUGCAUAUUUGUCUUGCACAAUUUAGUCUACUUUUCCUAUUUUUGAGGAAGGGCAAAGAGCCAUCAGACUGAAUCCCUUGUUUUCUCUUCCAUAUUGUGAAAUUUUGCCAGGCAUCAGCUGGAAAGGUGUUCCAUUUUUUUUUUUUUAAAACAACUUAAAAUUUUAGGAUACUAAAUUUUGUACUCAGUACCAACUUCCACAUUUGCAUGCAGAGCAUAGUAGCCACUAUUUUAUUACUCUCUGGUAGCCAAAAAGUCUGCCUAGGCGCUCCUAAUCUUUUCUCUGUACUUUGAGAACUAGGAGGUUUCUCUUCUCUUAAUAUUAAAGGUCAUAUUUUCAAGAUUCUGUAUUAUAAUGUAGCUUCUGCAUUAUCUGUCAUGCAGAUUCCUAUGACAACGUUCACCCUUCUCUGAUUCUUUGUAAGGUGUUUGCCAACUUGGGAACACAUCUCUUGUUCCUGCUGAAGUCAAUAGCAAUAACUCUAAUUGGUUUGCAAUCAAGUAAGAUUGCUGCCUUGACCUUUAUACCAAGGUUCUUUUGAGCCGAGGCCACAUUCAUGCCAUACUUUUAAACCAUUGUUACCAUUUUAAAAAGUUGUGGCUUCCCUCAAAGAAUUAUGGGAGCUGUAAUUCAUUCAGGAUGCUGAGAGUUGUAGGAGAAGCCUAUUCCCAUCAUAGAGCUCCCACAAUUAUUUGGGAGGAGCUGUGAUUAUUUAUAGUGGUAGCCUAGUGCUUAAAAUGUAUCAUGUGAAAGUGGACUUGGCCGCUGACUCCAAGGACAGGAGCCUUUUGUUGGACAAUGAUCCAGAGUCCAGAACCAUCUUCUUUCACAGGACAUGCACAACCAGAAAUUGGAGGCUUGUGUGCUGUCCCUUCUUCUACCGGUUUUAUUAGUGAUGUCUUAAGUUUAUGGAACUUCAUCUUACGGCCUUUAGUCCCCUUUAAGUGAUGAUUGGCCUUAUAGGCAUUCCAGCAAAUUUUGUUGUGUGUUCCUGGCGGCACAACAUGUCUGGCAGACUCCAUGAUGGACAAGCCAUGAUCUCAAGAUGUUUGGACCACUCAAAAGACUGUUGGGGGAGAGGAGUAGGUCAGCUUGGGCAUUGCAACAAGACCCUUCUUUCUUUUUAGAGUAUCUCCUUUUAAAAAAACCAAAGCCUCUCUUUCUCCCUUAAAGCUCAUGUUUAUUGCUCAGGACUGACACAGGCUGCUGGACUGGGAUGUUUCUGCUAUGGCACCUAGUAACUACAUUAGGAAUCAGUAGGUCUGCUGUCUUAUGUGGACUUCCUGAGUGAAAAAUGUACCUGUGAUCCUGGAAAUAACGAAGGUGCUAGGGAGUUUUGUCCUAUUCUAUUGCUCGCUUCUAUCUUCUGCUUCUGUCUCCAAACAGAAUCUUAAGCUGGUGCAUUUUGCUGCAUUCAGUGGCUUGGCUUGUUUAUGGCUCUACCUUGUAAGUUGCUACCAUCAGAUGCUGUCAUUCUCUAUCCCAGGAUUAGGUGAGCUUUUCUGUUGGGGACCACAUUCCCAGGCAGAAAUAGUCUGUCAGGGGCCACAUUCCAACAGCAUGUGGGACCCAGAGUCAAAGGUAGGUGGGGCUACCUCCUUCCUUUCUCUCUCUGCCACCCUCUUUCCCCAUAUUUUUGCCCUGAAACUAGGUCCAGGACUACAUCUUAGGGCCACAGGUCACGUCCCCCUCCUGCUGCAGCCCUUUUUUGUGGCAUCUUCUCUCAGCUCAGGCUGUUGUGUUUAGAAAAUUGUGCUAAUAAAACCAAAAAGUGUGCUGAUAGAGAAAAUAAGUGUUUAGGAAGAAGAAGCAUAAUGAAAUAAAUUUGAAUGCUCUGGGGACAACAGCAAGUGCAGGCAGAUAAAUGCUGAAAGUUGCUGGUGAAGCCAAAAUGAAGGCCGCAGCCUGCUGCUUACUGAUUUUUGUACUUCCAGAGCCUUCUUCCAUGCCACUCCUAAAAGAUUGCUAUUCCCUAUCACGGCCCUGCUUGCAUCUGAUAUAGCGGGGUCCGUUGUCAAUAAAUGUUGAUCUUGAAUUGCUCACAGGCAAAGAAUAGCCAAGUGACAAGACUGUUGACCCACUGGCAAAAUGUGUCCCACAACCAAAGGUAGGCAUAGCUUGAGCCGGCAGUGCGUGGAGCCAAAGUGGGUGGAAUUUGAAGGCUUGCAAAAUAGCUCUCACCCCUCAAUCCCUUCUCUCUCUCUCUCCUGUCUUUGCUAACAUAAAGGGGAAGUGAUUUCUAGGAGGACUGCUCAAAGAGCAACAGUGAGACUAGAUAACAAUGGGGAAAGCCUUAGCUUUCACCAUUCGGUGGGUGGAGCAUGUAUGAGUCACAGAUGCCUGUCGGAGUUUGAUCUCUCUACCGCUAGCAUAUCAAAUGCCACUGUUUUCACAAGCACCUUAGACUCCCAGAAAGUGUUGCGGUCUCAUUUGGGUGAGUAUAAACCAAGGAACAAGGGUUUAUUUUUAUACCAUGUAACUAAGAUUCUGUCUGGCGAUUUCUAUUUAAGCUAUAUUAAAAAGAAAAGAAAAAAGUAUUGUAUAUUGUCCCUGCCACAUAAUUUUAUUGCUAUAUCAGCACACUGUUGUAUAAAGAUAUUGUUAGUUCAACAAAAAUAGCAUUAACGAGAUCUCCUUUAUCUGAAUUUAGAUGAAAGCACUUUAUUUCAAAGUACAUGUGUUUGUGACCAACAUUAUUCAGAUAUAAUAUUGCUGGGCGGUUUAGUUCAUUUUGAAAUGGAGGACGCAGCCCCAAAUGAUGCACAUUUUAGUUAUGUGUCAUUAGCUCCAUCAGUCAGGACCCGGGGAACUUUGCAAUCUCCCUGGGCAUUCUGUUGGGUGAACCUAGGAGAAAAGGGGCAUCCAGGUAUUUUCUAUCAGGGCAAGGACACAUGGAGAAGGAAAACCCCAGAAGAAUCUUUGUUCUAGCUUGGCUAGGAACCACUCUUUCCUGUGGCAUUUUGAGAUUCCUCGCUGGGUGGGGUGGGGGUGGAGGUGGGGAAGGGUCUUUUGGGAACUGCACACUGCCUUGUUUUCCAAAGAGGAGUGAAUGUUUUUGAUGUGGUUCUGUGGAUUGGAGGAUUGGGCCAGGUUCCUACUUCAUGGCUGGUUCACUCGUCCCAAGUUUUUCCACUGCUUUUCAGUCUUCUCCUUGUACAGUAUUUAUUGCUUGUAAUGAUUAUGAUAGCAAAAAGGAAUGGACAUUCUAGCAGUGCUGAAUGAGACCUCGCUCUUGGAGGAUAUAUGUGUGUGUGUGAAGUGCCAAAAGGUAAGCAAGAUGACCGUUGUCUCUUUAAAUGAAUAAACUCUAUUGUUAACAAACUACAAA